AUGGGCGUUUGUGGUCCUUUGUUCACACGUUUGAAACCGUUGCUUUUUAACCGAAGCUUUUUCGAACUUCACUUCUCUCAACUGUUUGUUACGAAACAGAGGCAACCUUACACCGAUGUGGGCCCAACAACACACUACUGCAUUCAACAAUAUCAAAUCAGCUUUCCAAAACGCACCGGUCCUAAGCUACCCAAAUCUACAUUGCCGUUUCCGCGUGGCUAUCACGAUCACUUCCGACAAAUGCUAAAGUUCAUCGAGGAAUUCACAAGAGCAAAACCCGACUGUUUUGAGUACGCAUUCAAUUUGUCAAAGGUUCGGGGUGGACGGGGAACUUCCCUAUCUUCGCCUAUGAGAGCCGAUCCAGGGGUGACAGACGUCUUUGUAGCUUCCGGUGGCGGUGAGUUUCUUCCCCACGAAGAAAACGCCCUCCAACGGUCUCGACCGAGUGAGCAGGGAACGACUUUUGCCCUUUUACGACCGCCGGUUCACGAAGCUCCGGCGGAAGAAAGCUCUGGCAAGAUAACGAUUAAAGCGCCGAAAUACAAAGAACCAGGCGGGUUUUCGGCAAGGCCACCAGUAAAGCCAGGCACGGCGGCCAACUACUCACCUGAAAAACCUCUCCAUGUAAUCCAAGAUAUCUACGCCAUCAACGAAUCUGGCGUAACGGCUCGGAAUCAGGACAACAGAAAUAAACGUAAUCAUGACGACGAUGAACAAGCCAUGGCGAUCGACGCGAAUACUAGGUCGAUCGAAGCAACCAAGGUCAUGGAACGUCGGCAAAAGCUACUGGCGAACCUGCAUUUGCGCGGCCAUUUAAAGGAAACUAUGAUGGAUUUUUGCCCGAUCUACGCUUUUUGGUUGUUCACUUUUGAACGUUACAUCGCAGUUUUGGGGGAAAUCAGCACGAAUAAAGCGGAUAGCAAUUGA